UAUAUAUAUAGAAAAAACUGCUGUUACUUAAAUUUAUGUUGGAUUCGCAGCAACAUGAUCUGUCGCUUGUGUUUAAGAAGCAUAAACGCAAACAAUGCCGUAUAUUUGUUCGAAACCAACGACACACUCGCCGAAACUUCGCUGCUCAAAAUGAUAGCAAAGUUUUUACAACUCGAAAUAAUGCCCGAUGACAAUAUAUCAACGAGUGUGUGUCAUGAGUGCUGUGAGCAUUUGGAGGACUUUAAUAACUUUUGGCAGCUUGUAGAACAAAAACAAGGCACGCUCAAAAAAGAGUUCCUCAAUGUAGAUGUCGAUUGUGUGGCACUCAAAUGGACGGGCGGCAUAGAUGUGGAUGUGAACAUAGAUGAGCUGCCGCUGGUAGCCGACGAUGAGAUGGAUGAGAAGCCAUUAGAUAUACACAAUCUUAGUUUGUUAAGCAGCGUUUUGGAUGUGAAUGUGGACAGCGUUGAGGUAACACAACUAACAGCGCCGCCCCAGCAGCUGAGAAAUGAGGACUUUAAGCCACAGCACGAGGCAGCUGACUCCAGCGCAGAUGAAAAACCGCAAAUACAUGAAGACUUUGGAACAACAGAUGAAGACGAAGAUGAUGAUGAUGAUGAUGAUGAUGAGAUGCCGCUGGUGAAAUUGCAGAAUAAGUUAAAGCCUGCCAAGCGCAAGCCGCGACGCAAGCAACGCACUUUAACGCUCAAGGAAGAGUUAAACGAACUGCUUGACGAUGCAGGCGGCGGCAGCACCAAAGUACGUCGCAAGCCAAGUGAGCAAACUGGAGAACAAAUGCUGGAGCAAACACUGGGUGGCAGACCCAAAGGCUGUUCACGUGCGCAGCUAACCAAACGCUAUGAAGAAGCUAUUGCCAGCUAUAUGAAUGCCGACUGUGAUUUAUGCGAGUUUAGCACAAAAUAUCUAUCCGAGCUAAAAACACACUUUCUGGAGGUGCACAAACAGGAUGCGUAUGUUAAGUGCUGCAAUAAAGUGUUCAACCGUGCCUCAAAACUUAUGGAUCAUAUUCGCAAGCAUCUCAAUCCACAGCUUUUUACCUGCACCAUUUGCAACAAGUCCCUUAAUUCCAAGGACUAUCUGGCUACGCAUAUUGAGACUGUGCAUAAUAAAAUUGGACAGCUUGGCAAGGUGCUCAAGCAUCCCUGUCACAAAUGCGAGCGCACCUUUAGCAGUGAGCGUCGCUUGGGCAAUCAUAUGCUUAAGCAUGAUAAGGAUCAGCUGGAUCAUAGCUGUCAGUUCUGCGACAAACGCUUUGCAAAUGUACAUCGUCUACGCCGUCAUAUACAAUCCAUACACGAAGAUCUGCAUCCGCAUGUCUGUGACAUUUGCGGCAAAAAGUUUAAAUUUAAACCUUCUUUUGAACGACACUUGCUGGAGCAUCAGGGCGUUGUGGCACCAGCCAUGGAAUGUCCCAUCUGUGGUGUUUGGCUAAAGAACGAGCAUAGUCUGAGAUUGCAUCGAUUUACACAUGAUAGCAAGGACACCGAUUGUCCUCACUGUGCAAAGAAAUGCAGCUCACGUACAGCGCUGCGCGCUCAUAUCAAAUAUGCCCAUAAAUUGACAACCAAUCUGCAGUGCACAUAUUGUGAGAAAAGCUUUAAGCAGCAACGCAAUCUGGAUGAGCAUAUGGCCAUACACACGGGCCUCCAGCUAUAUAAUUGCCCGCAUUGUCCCAAGGAGUGUCGUUCCCGGUCCAAUAUGUAUGUUCAUAUCAAGCAGCGACAUGCAAAUGAAUGGCUUCAAGCCAAGAUGGCACGUUCCCAUAAUCCGCAGUUAAAGCCUUUAAGCUAAGAGACUAUAUUUAAGUUUUAAACUUACGAAUGCUGUACAUUAAACAUUUUUAUUAUUACUAGGUUGACUAUAUGAGAAUAGGCUGAGGGGUAAUCAGCCGCCGCAAGAAAAUGAAAUUUUUUUAACAUAAAACAGUAAAAAAAAAACCGUAGCCAU